AUGGCGGCGGCGGGUGAGGCUCCGGCCUCCUGCUCCGGCGGAGAGAUGGCGGCGCUGCUGGGGCGGUGCCACGGUGGCUGGCCGCUGUGGGGGCGUGGGGCGGCGGGCGGCGUCCCCAACACGGCCUCUGCGCCUCUGCGAGGCGUGGGCGUGGCCGCGGGGGUGAGGAGGCGACGCGCCGACGGGGAGACCGGCAUGGGCGGGGGCGGGGGCGGGGGAGGCGGCGGGCGGGGUCGGUCCGUCGGGUCUGGGGACUCGGGGGUGGGGGGCGACGGGGCGUGGCAGCGUGGGGGCUAG